AAGCCCGACGAAAAGGAAAAAGCGACAAGUAUUAUAUUUGAUCACAUAAUGAAGAACCCAGAAGCAAGAGCAACAGAGAUUCACGCCGCACUCAAACAUCGUCACAAGAUGACAGUUAACUUAAUGUCGGUAUCGAGAUGACUGAACGGAGCUAAGAAGAGGUAAGUUCGGAAAUUGUUCAGGUUAUUAACAAACAUCCCGAACAAUUCCUGAUACAAGUACGCGUUUUAGAGAAGGGAUUCCAUUUCGGAGAAUGAUAAAGACCGACAAAAAGGAAAAGGCGAAGAGUAUUAUAUUCAAUCACAUAAUGAAGAACCCAGAAGCACAAUUAUCAGAGAUUUACACCGCACUCACACAUUACCACAAGAUAACAGUUAGUUCAAAGUCGGUAUACAAGUGGGUAGGUGAAUGUAAAAAACGCAUUGCUGCAAGUCCUGGACAACCACAGGAAGAAGUGUCUGAUCUAGUAACUGAACAACACCUAGAAAAACUUAAGCAAAAGCAACAAGUAUGCAAGGGUACUUUGGAAAAGAGCAAAUGUUCUCAAAAAGAGGACAUAUAUGUAUAG